AUGUUGCCUCAACCCCUGCAUCCAGAACUUUUCGGCCCUGCCCCUGCCACCUACCAUUUUUCUGCUCCACGCUUUGUCCCGGUGCUACCUCAGCCCCCAGAGCUUGCCACCGUCAUCCGUCACCUUGCUGACUAUAGGUUUGGUGCCCAUGAUGGCGGUCUACUGAUCAAGCACUGCCAGAACGGCACCGUCUUCACCGAGCACGACAUAAGAGAAACAGAAUUGACACUUGGAGCGCACCGCCCGCUGUGCCCUGAGAGAGGUAUGCCCAUAGUCCCACCGUUCCCGUCCGUGGAACGCAAUCUCAAAUGGUUCGGUGCAAUGCUCUCCAAAGAAGGCGGUGACGGUGGCUUGUCCUACAUCUAUAUUUUGGGUACCAAGGACUCGGGGAAGUGCCUAGUGCGUGUGUAUGCAUUGCAGGAUGGUGUUUGGUGCCUGCAUACCGCAGCCACAUGCCAGCGCCGUCGUAUCCAUUGGGAACCAAAAGCUGUGCUUGUUAACAACAAAAUCUAUAUACCAUCCGUUGGUGAUGAGAUUGUUGUCUUGGAUUUGACGACCUCAAGUUUCUCCAUAAUUCAGCUCCCACAAGGAGUAAGCUAUAACUAUUUUAGAACCAUGUUGUCACCGGCCGAUGAUGCUUCUGGUGUAUAUCUCAUCCAUGUCGACGGAUUUCAACUUCGGCUCUGGCUCUCAAAGUGGGACAACUGGUUGUUGGUCGAUACCUUUUAUUUGAGGAUGUUAGAUCACACGCUUGAGGAUGAGCAUAAUGCAAAUGUCCAGAUAAGCCAGGUUGGAAACAAUGCUGAGUUUGUUUUCUUGAGGAUGCGUGGAUGCACACUCUAUCUGGACGUCACGAGCAAGACACUGCAUAAAGUGCAUCAGGACACAGAAAAUGAUCAACAUUUCAGUUAUGCCAAGCCUUUUAUGAUGAUUUGGCCGCCCAUAUUUCCUGUGCUCAAGGAUGAUCCAGCAAGGUUUGCCUUUUAUGAUGAUCAUCUAUAUAUUGCUCUUGUUGAGAUCAUGAUUUUUUUCUUCUUUUAG